UCCUGUUUAAAUAGCUCAUAUCCUAACACUUCCAAAGGGAACAUGUGUAACAGGUGUAACGCUGGGGGGAGACAGAGGUCUUUAUUAAACUCUUUACAGUGGAGCAGGGAGAGACUGCGGAGGUCCAUGAGUCAUGCCCGCCAGUCAUUAUCAUAGGGGAGGUGCCCACUCAGCCCAGGAGACCAACUCUGACGGCGUGGAAGAAAUGGAGCUUAUUUUCUGGAGGGCAGCGAGUCGGAGGAUGGUCUGAACCCGCGAAUAUUCCGAUGCAUGUGCAUUUCAUGUAUUUGAGAUUAUGUGCACGCAACUUUUCUGCCUUCAAGAAGAAGAAGAAGAAGAAGAAGAAGAAGAAGAAGAAGAAGAAGAAGAAGGUUUGAUCGCAGCAGAAUGGAACAUCCAUCAGGUUUUGGAGAAGUUCGUCCAGAGAAAGGAUCGCCUCGUGUCCUUAUUGUUGUUAUGGAUGAUAUGACGGGCUGGGCUGCGUUUGUUCGCUGGCGGCGUGGACGGAUCUCAGGUGAGCCAGUGGAGCAGCACGCGGAGCGGAGAGGCGCACAAGGUUCAACUCACGAGGGGAGAAAACACUGGAGCCCAAGAACAAGAGCAUGAUACGGUCACUAUAGGGGACGGAGCAAUGUGGCACAGACACACACAAACACACACACACACACACACACACACACAGGGAAAAAAACAAAACUUCCACAGUAAACAAUUACAGUAACACUAAGUUACUCCCACUAAGAUACUCCUCUUCUAUUUACAAGAAACGUAUUCCUGUGGGCGGGGUCAGGCGCAAGCCAGGUUCAUUUAAAAAUGAAAUGUGAAAGUAAAUUUUACUCGGUGACUGAACGGGCUACUCUUCAGCUAUGGCUCUCUGCCAGUAUGUCACAUCUCCACCUAAAAUGGAUGAAGGUCCAAGCCAAAGAAAAAGAGCCAGAAAGGCUGAUGGUCCAGUGAAGUUGGCAGGUCAGCAGUUUGAUCUACAUGUCUUCAAGCAGUGCAACAGUGAAAAAGGUCCAGAUUAUCUAAGACUGGUGUCAGAACUUGUGCUCCAAUUUAAAGGCACGACUUCCGCCUUGAAGAAUCCAGCCGGGGCCACACUGAUAAUAGGAGAGGUGGAUGACACCAUUUACAGAAAGGAAGAUAAAGUGGUGAAUGGGUGGGGGAAAUUCUACCUUCCUGAGGUGAUGAGCAUGCAGGUUGUAGGUGUAGUGGAGGAGACCUCGUGCCCGUGUGACCAGCUCGUUCUGAUGACCUGUGAGGACAGAGAGAUCUAUGCCUACGAUGGAGAGGAGCUGCAUGUGGUGGCUUCAAGCCUGAAGCAGCUGUGUGACAAGGGAAUAGAGUAUCCAGCAUCCAAGAGCUAUUACAGAGGGGAGGCCUUCAAGAAUAUGACCAAGCAGGACUGGGAUAAAGUAAGGAACAGUCCUGAGGGGAGGAGGCUGGAUACAGAGCAUCAUCACCUGGUGCAAAAACACAAGUCCAAAUUCUUGGAGAAUCUCAGAUACACUCAAUUUAAAGAUUAACAGCUGAUGUGUUAUGGUUUGUAGUGUUGGACUGAAUUCAAAUACAAGAGGCUUAAAGAGCUGAAGAAGUAAAGCUGAGUCUCCAGCACCUGUGUCUCUCAGAAAGACACAGCAAACCUUAGUGCAGUCAGGUACUUUGGAGUCUCUGUGUCCACUUGCAGCCCUAAUCCUAAAUUAUUCUGUGCUGCUGUAUCCCACCUCAGCACCUGGGACUGUUAUCUGACUGAUGAAGUGAUGACCUGCUACCCAAAGAAGUCCACGAAGCAGUAUUUUGAUAUUAGGUCAGAUGCCAGGUGUUUAACCUCAGUCAAGGACGACAAAUUGAUUCUGGCAGUUCAUGUGGGAAGUUGUUUGAUUAGACAUCAAGUAAAACAAAGUCGUGGCUCUACAGCAACUGUGCCAACAUGACAGAUCUCUUUUUAUGUGUAAAAAGUAAAAACAUAUUUCUUUGUUGAUCAAAGAUGUAAAUAUAUCCUGCUUUAUCAUCAUAAAUUAUUGAUGGUCCAGCUAUUUACGACAAUAAAGAUAUGAAUAUGUGUUAACUGCUCGAAUGAUGUUUGCAGAAGAUGCACAUGUUGAUGUACUGAUUAUGGGAUUCACAAUAAAACAAUGGUGAUAUAA